AUAGAGCGAACGUCAGAAUCAUGCGCUGGGGAAUAGUAGUAUUGUUGGCAGGAGCUGUGUCAGGAGCUCUAGCGCAGUCGGAAGUACAAUGCCCCCCAACAGAGUGCGAUAAGGGAGAGGUGUACAGCGAAUGCGGUUCGUCGUGUCCCCCGUCGUGCGAGAACAGAGGGAACACGUGUCUGGUGUGCACGGCGCAGUGCGUGCCCGGCUGUUUCUGUGCAGAGGGGACCAUCAGAGCACCCAACAACACUUGCGUCAAACCGGAAAAUUGCCCUCGACCCCAGUGCGGCGUCAACGAAGAGUUCUUCAAGUGCCCACCGACGUGCCCAACAACCGAUGAGUGCAAAAACCUCUGGUCCAAAGUACCUUGCACGCCAAUAGACUGCUGCCAUCCUCGGUGUCUCUGCAAGUCUGGCUUCUACAGGAAGAACGGUGUUUGCGUUAGCGCUAAGGAGUGUUAGUAGUAGUUCGACGACAAGCAACGACGCGACGCCUGAAGAAGAAUGAGCUGGCGCGUCAUCAAGUUCUAUGAAAAUAUGACAGCAGCCAAACACAUUGCUCGGUUUGAAAUAAAUCUUUAACAUGU